UUGAGGCGAAUGGUAGCGGCUGUGUGUUGUACGCGCUGGGUUAGACAAGCAGUAUGGCGGAAGAGGAGAGUGAAUUGGAGUUGGACAGGUUUAAAAAAGAACUGGAGAGUUUGUUAAACGACGAGUGUGGACGGCAAAGCAAGUUAUAUUGCACGAGAUUUUGUGAGCUGGUGGAGGAAUACACGGGCCGAUGGCAGGUGCCCCUUCCACAGCUGCAGGUCCUCAGGAGCGCCCUGUGUGCGUUUGUCCGUGGCGCAGCGUCAUUCCCAUCUGAUUGUGAGCACGUGCGCUACACUCUGAGUAGUCUGGCUCUGAGUGUCUUCGAGCUGCUGCUGUUCUUCGGGAGGGACGAGUUCCCCGAGGACCCUCUGAAAGACAUACUGGACUCGUUUCAGGAAUGCCAGUCAAGUCUCGUGAGGUACCAGAACGUGUACCUGCUACAGGUGAGACACAUUAUCAGAGAUGGAGGGCCUUGGGCGAGUCCUGUCCUGGAGGGGAUCCUCAAGGAAGUGGAGCAACGACAAGAAGAAGUGAACCGGUAUCUCGGCGCCGAGGUGUCCAUGUUCUUCGAGUUGCGUGUACGUUACCUGCUGGCCUGCGAGCGCACCCGCGAGGCCAUGGCGUUAGCCUUGAAGUGCAGUCAGCAUCCGACCGCAGGCCGACGCCUGUUCUUCAAGCAGGCCUACCUCGCCUGUCUCUGGAAGUGCUCUCAGCUAGACCGCCUCUUCACGGAGAUGUCAGAGAUUGACGGGAAGGACGCAGUGGAGAUCCUCUGCAUUGCAGAGAACGAGGAAAAGGACGAUUUGCUCCUGGAGCUCAGCAGAGGAUUCCUCUUGCAGCAGCUCCGAAGUGGCGACAUGUACUACCUUUGGGAUCUGGUCUUCAUAUGGUGUAAACUGUACUUCAGAGGAGCGAAUGCCACGGAAAAACACUUCCUGCAAGAAUGCAAACUGUUGCUCAUGUCCGCCACCAACGUCAAAGCAAUCUUUCCAUUUAUGAAGGUGAUCUUGACUGAGCAUUUAGGGAAAGAAGGCCUCACCUUUUGCAUUGAGCUCUGUGCUCAGGCUCUUCAGACCGACCUCAAGAACGAUCCCGUCAUCAAGUCUCUCAUCUACAAAACCAUCGCAUACCUGUUCCCCAACGACCUGGAGAUCUGCAGAGCCUGUGCGCUGCUCGUGUUCUUCCUGGAGCGAACAGUCGAGGCCUACAAGACCGUGUUCUUCCUGUACAACCACCCGGACCUGGAGUACCACCUGGACACCAGUCCCAUCGGGAACAACGUGCGCUUCGAGGUGAUUCAGAUUCUCAAAAAGGGCCUGUUUUUCGACCCUGAAUUCUGGAGCCUUCUGAACAUCAAAACGAACUGCCUGAAGCUCAUGAGCGACGACGUCGCCAGAGCCGCCCGUGAAAUUAUGGAAGAGGACAAAUGGGUGCCUGGUUACUGCGUUCGAGAGCAUUGCAAGUGCCGCGCGGAGCUGGAACGGACUGUUAUUACACAAGAGGCAAAGCCUGGGAGUAGAGACGAGCAGGAAUCUGGGACGGUGGAGAACCCGCGCACAAGUCCUUCCGGUGAUGCGUCUUCUGAAGUUCCUCAGUAUAAGAAGAGAGGGAGGAAACCAGGGACACGGCUCACAAAGAAUCUGGAGCUGUUUCCGGUCCGGCGUUCAUUCAGGCAGCUGGAUUUGGCACAAAAUCAUGCCAGGCAGCUGAACAACAGGUGUCAGAGGUUCCUCACUCGGCAGGCGGACAAGAAUAUUCUGAAACAGCGAGGCAGGAAACCCCGGUGGCUCCUGGAGCAGUUGGCUUCCUUGGGAGAAAACAGCGCUCCCGGGCAACGGAAGAAACCAGGGAGGAAACCAAAGCUGUUCAGCUCGUUGAAGGACAUUUUAGUCGACACGCCAGUUAUUGAAAUCACAAUGGAGUAUUCCUACCCUGAUAACGAAGUUGAGCUGCCUGCUGACGUUCAGGGCCGGUCUACAUCCAGAUCGACGACUUCUUCCACAGAACAUCGCUUCGAUCGACCUCAAACAGCGCCUUGUAGUAAAACUCCAAACUCGCUCCUUCAGAUGCUAUUAGAGAAGUCUCCUCAUUCGUGGGCAGACAAAGAUGACUUUCAGUCACAGGAAGUUAUGGUCAUGAUUAGAAAAUUCCACACCUACACAAAAGUGCCUGAAGAGGAGGAAAGCCCUACGCUCGUUCCCCUGACAGAUACUGUCGUGUUAGCAGCGCAGCAUGCCGCGAAACAGGAAGAGGAUCUUCACACUCUCGCGCCUGUAAAGAGUCCUAAUGAACCAGACGAAGGGAUUCAAGUGACCUCAGCGACUGCUGCUGUAACACAGGAAGUCAGUGGUGGAUCUGACCCAUCAUCACUUUCACCUCUUGAGCAGCAUGUAGUCCCGGCUGACAGCAAAGUCGGUCCUCCCAAAGAUCAAACCACUAGCGUCGAGACUGACAAGAUUCAAGUGCUGGAAGACACCCAGGAAGUUUCUGGUCUUGCUCAUAAACCUGACAGUGCUACUGAAUAUAUUUGUACUACGUCUGAAAAAGGAACUGACAUUAUCUCUACCUCUGGAAGUCCACUUAAUGCUACACCUGGACUUGCGCCCCAAAGUAAAGUUUCCACCCUCAAAGAAAUCCUGGAAAAUCCACCCGAAGUCAAAGAAGCGGUAGACGCGUCUAAAAACGCAUCCGAAGCCGAAAUCGUUCUCAAGACUCCUGCUGCACUCGAAGAAGCGAAACCUCAAGAAACGGCGUCGCAGCAGACCCCCGAACCCGAGCCGACUCAGAACACCGCCUCGUCGCCCGUAUCCAGCGCUCCGACUCCCGUGCAGCCCAAACGCCAAUGCAAGCUUUGCAAUAAAACCUACGAGACGCCUCUGAGUCAUGCCUUAUGGCAUUACCGGACUGAAAAGAGGUGCAUGUUUUGCGACAAGCUAGCUAUGACUCGUGGAGCCUUACAGCAUUUCCAAAAGCACAUCAAAAACGAUUUAAGUCAGGUCGAAGGUCCGGUUGAGACGAAGAAGUCCGAGGGUGUACCUGAAGCGACCGGGAGCCCCGAUCAGACCGCUCAAGAGUCACCGCCGAAGAAAGCGAAGCCCGGAUUUGCACAGAUCAAGUCAAGGCUGCUGAUGAGACUGAAACUGACGAGGAAAGCCCAACCUCAGCGUGAGACGGAGAAAAGCUCCGAUAACAGCGGAACGCUCUUGAAGGAGACCGAGACGGCGGACACGAAGAAGCCCGUCUCAGAACCGGAGCAAAAAGAGAGCAGCGUGAAGAACGAGAAGCAGACCGCUCCACAAGAGACGAUAAGGUACCUAACAAGAGGUUCGGUUAAGAAGUCCGAGCACAAGGUACGGCUGCGUAGGACGGAGCGAGGCAGGAAAGCGAAGGCAGCCCCCAGAGACGGUUUUGUUCCCAGGGUGAACGGGGUAGUUAGAAGGAAACUAAGGAUGUGGUGCCUUCAGGAAGAGAGCUGUCCUGCGACUGAUAAAAACGUACCACCAGUAAAAGAAGAGAACAAGACUGAUGCAGAGAAGACGAAUAGAAGUAAUAAAGCUAGUUACGCUAUCAGGACCAAAUCGGACAAAGCAACCAGCAAUAAUAUCGACGGGGAAAGUAAAAACUGCGCAAAAGCAAAGGCGCUCGAGGAACCGAGAGUAAAAAGGAAAAAGCACGACGAGGACGAAGAGAAAGUUGACGUCAAAGCGACGAAGAAACGAAAGAACGAAGACGGUACUUCGAACGCGAAGUCCACGGACACGGCGGAAGAGACGAACUCCGUUCCAAAGCAGCAAAACGGGACGGAGGCGGAAUCCAGCGAGACCUCAAAGACCGUAAGGAAGAGGAAAGUCAGUAGCACUCCUGUAGUCAGCUGUCCUAUAGACAUGUGCACGUUCCAAGCCAUGCCCGGUCCGGUCCUCUCGCACGUCCUUAUACACCACGCGGGCGACACGAAAGCCCUCGAGUUCUUUUACAACUUCGCCGCGAAAAAGUGUUUAUUCUGCGCCAGAAGGAUUUGGACUCCUCAGCACUUUUUCGACCAUGUCGUUUCUCACCGGGGAAACCUCAAACACCCGUGCUACCACACGGCCUGCCAGAAGAGGUUCAAAACGCGGAUGGAUGUCGGCGAUCACAUGGAGAAGGAUCAUAAUCCUCUGAGAGCGCAGUGCUGCUUCCCUGGAUGCACGGUGGAAUCCGGCAGCCUCAAGGACCUGUACAACCAUGAAAAGAGUCAUUACAAAGCAGCGACGCUGAAAAAGGACAAAUCGGAAAGUUUUGAGAAAGCCGUGGACAAACCCAGCCUCAGAGCAUCAAGAGGGAAGAGUACUCCAACGGCAGCACAACAGGCAGACGAAAGAGUGACGCCUGAGACGACGACGACGACGACGACUACUCCACCAAGUGAAAUUAAGGAACAGAAGACGGACCCGGAUCCUGUAAACCAAGAAGACGAAACGCCUUUGACUUUAAAUAGAAGUACAGUGAACUACAGCAGCAAGAGCUCCCAGCUCGUCAACGGCCACACCGAGCACGCACAAGAAACUGGUGUUAAAGCGCCCCCUACAGCUCCAAAAGAGCAGGAGCCGAAGUACGAGAAAGUUAUAGUCAAACCUUUCGGCCGACUUCCUCCUUCAGCUUACCUGGACGAGCUGUACCUCAGCAUGCCCAAAAAGUGGAGGGGGCCCCAAGUGAGCACCAAAGGCUCCGAUGCAGAUGAAGUCAGCCCUGUCAAGAAACAGAGCUGCUCGCGCUGUAACGCAGCCUUCGAGUGUGAAGAAGAGCUCCAGCUGCACCGGGAAAAAUGCACGUCUCUCUUCGGCUUCGAUUCGGACGAUGAAAAUGCCUCCUGAAAAGUAGUGGUGGAAGAUGUGGAGUCCAUGUGACCUGUUGAACGCUGCUGUGAAGAACAUUCAAAAAAUGUGGACUGAACAUGUCGUUUUAAUAAAAUGGGGGGGAAGAAAGGUGGGAAAUGGAGCUUGUUUGACCAUCUGGACACCUCGCUGAAUCAGUUUCUUAACUCUGAGGAGCGGAAUGAUGGCUCAGCGACAGAAGUUCUUCUGCGAUGAUGAUGAUCCCAGUUUUAUUGGUCAGAGAUGAUGUCCUGUAUCACUGACACCGUUUUGGAUUUGCGGUGUGUGAUUUGGGUAACAAACUUGCUACCAUGCAAAUUGUGCUUAAAAUUUGCUUCAGUAUUUGAUCUGAUAAGAAAAACUAUAACUAAGGUGAAUGCCUGAGGUCAUGAGGAUUGUGCAUCAACCUCAACCGUGAUUUGACUUUUGCUUCAUGAAGUGCAAGGUAUAGAUGUAAUUGCAAUGGCAAUGGAAUCUGGAAUAUUUCCACAACAUUUGGAAAAACAUCUGUUUUUUUUUUUUUGUGAACUUGUGCAUCAUAGGAUCGAUUUUUAUUAACACUUAAUCUAUCAAAUCUGGCCGUCUUGCGUUCCUUGUACUCUAAUGAGCAAACUUGUUGCUCAUCAGUGAUUUAUCUAAGGAUUUGGCUAGCGUAUAUCGAUGGCACGGAGAACACAAAGCAGUGUUUUGCUGAACUAUUUUAAAUGACGUAGAACUGAAAAAAAAAAAAGAAAGACAUUAAUCUGUUUUUAAAAACAAUUUGAAAAGAGCUCUCUGGCUGUCGUGCAACCUCUGAUGACAUUAAUGUACAUAUGUUUCGAAAGCUCUUCUCUUGACACUCGACAAAUAAUUGAGAAGAAUUAAAUGUCUCUCAGCCGAGGCAUGUCCGAGCUGUUCUUCAUGAGAGCAGUGAUUUACUUACUAAUUUAUUCAUAUUUUUUUCUUUUUGUAUUUUAUGUAAAUGUUUGAAAAGUUUGAACGGUAUAUAAUUGGGAUGGGUUAAUAUAAGGGGUUUAUAUAUCAAGAGUUUUUCUGGCCUAUUAAAAAAAAAAAAAAAA